AUGUUAUCUUCACCGUCUAAGUUUGAUAUUACUACUCUACAAUCACUGUCAGCGCUUGCUUCCUGCUCUGACGAUUAUACUCGUUAUUCUCGCUCUAUCGAUGAAUGCAAUGGGGGAGCGCCUCGCGGUAUAGGUGACCUAUACGAAAUUCUUGAAGCCGUCAAUUCAAUUGGAGGAGUCCAUGAACCAACUGACUCUGAAGCAAGCCUUGUGCUUGAUCUUGUAAGAGCCAAGCGUGAUGUUUUCACGGCUCAGAAGGCGCUUGCAGAUUGCGUAAUACGGGAAAAUGAGGUGCUUGCAAGCCUGCUUAAAGUUCGCGCAGCAGAAGCCGAGAGGAAGAUAGAUGAGACAGAUAUCGGGCUGGGAUGUAUGAGAAUCGUCUUCAAAGAUCACGGUUGGUCCCACGUCCCUCCCAACCAUCCGCCACGAGGACAAGGUCAAUCAAGUUCGCGUGGUAUGGAAGGUUUGCACGGACGACAAGGCGCGAUAGUUCUCGAUUGA